UCCUCUCUCAGUCCCUCUCACCCUCUCACACCCACGCACGCACUCUCUCUCUCUCCCACCUUUGGAACUGCAAAUACGCUGGAAUAGUAGAUUCUCAGGAAGCUAACCCCGACAUUGAUUAGAGAGAGAGAGAGCAGAAGAGCGAGACGUAGAGGAAGAGAGAAACAGCUCAAAAAUGACUACAAACUCUUCCAAUAAUCACCGCUACUACUAUCCCACGCCGUCGUAUCGCUCCUCCUCCUCCUCCUCUUCCGCUUCCUUCAGAGGCUGCUGUUGCUGCCUCUUCCUCCUCUUCUCCUUCCUCGCUCUCCUCGUCCUCGCCGUCGUCCUCGUCAUUAUCCUCGCCAUCAAGCCCAAGAAGCCCCAGUUCGAGCUCCAGCAGGUUACCGUCCAAUCCAUGGGCAUCACAACCAACCCUCCCUCCUUCGCCGCACCCAACGACGGCUCAAUACCCACUGCCACUGGCGCCACUACUGUGUCUCUCUCCCUCACUAUUUUGCUGCUGUUCAACGCCGUGAACCCUAACAAGGUGGGGAUCAAGUACGGUGAGUCCAGGUUCACCGUGAUGUACAGGGGAAUCCCGUUGGGCAAAGCUUCCGUGCCUGGAUUCUACCAGGAAGCGCACAGUGAGAGGCAAGUACAGGCGACGAUCGUCGUCGAUCGGGUCAAUUUGCUUCAGGCCGACGCUGCCGAUUUAAUCCGAGACGCUUCCGUCAAUGACCGGGUCGAGUUACGGAUCUUUGGUGAUGUCGGAGCUAAGAUCCGGAUCAUGAACUUCGAUUCUCCUAGCGUUCAGGCAUCUGUGAACUGUGCAAUAGUGAUAAGUCCAAGGAAGCAAUCUCUGACUGACAAGCAGUGUGGCUUUGAUGGACUCAGUGUUUAAUGAGUGGCCAUCAUUUUGCUAUCCUCCUUUUUUCUGUUCACUCACAUUCUCACUUGAACUCUCAUGGCUUUACGCAAUUUGAGGACAAAGAGAUCUGAAGAAAACAGAGAUUGGAAAUUUGGAUGAGUGGGUUUGGAGUGAUUCACGGGAAAUUCUUAAACUGCAAACUGUAACAAGGAAGAUUUUAGAUGACAUAUUAAGUUAGGGUUUUUCAAAUCUCUUUAAUUUUUCCUCCCCAAUUGGGUAUUGGUUAUUAACUUGGAAAACAAAAUCUGAUGGUGUAUUGGAAAAUGUAAAUUGAAUCCAGUGAUUCGCUAUGGAAUCUAAGGGAUUGGCUGUGAAA